UCUCCGUUAUCAACUCAGCCAAUAGCGCCAUUUGCAUUCGCUGUACUCCUAUUAACACCAUGGAAGAAUAGUAGAGGGAUGUAGCUUCGCCUCGCUCUCUGUUCGCCAUCUUUCUCGAAAUGUUGUUGGUGGUGGUGAAGAGGUCAAGCGGAAAUGGCUGUAUCACCACGAGUUGUAAUGAAAACAGCGCCGCCUAUCGUAUCGGAUAUGACAUGCUUUCGGCCAAUGAUUCGAAUUACUCACUGCCAUGUAUAUUGGGAUAACAGCAGAUCCCCCAAAAGAUAGCAGAGUCCGACUAAAGCAAGAUUCGAAUUAUACCAUCAUGAAAACGCACUGACUGACUUUCACAGAGAGGCGGCACAACGUUCGAGAAACAGAGACCCGCCGGUUGGGAAGGACUCCCGCCGAAUAUGAAAUGUGAUACUUUGUGAUUUGUUGUUUUGUGCCAGAGACCUCGGGGGAAGUUGUUGGCGCUCACUUUCACUUCCACCGGACAUUUGACUCAAAGGGACCCCUCCAUGGAGCCGAUGGACUGGCUGGACGACGAGGAGCUGCUGCGGUUCUUCCGCCGCUGUAAAACCGAGAUGUCCUGCAUGGAGAAGCCGCACACGUUCCUCUGCCAGCUCCGGGACUACGAGCUGGUGCCGGAGGACCGAUACAAGAAGGUGAUUCGUAUGAAGAGUAAAGACAACAUACGGAAAGGUCUCUACGAGAUCCUGGACUGGUUGCAACGAGAACGUCCCCAGAGCGUCCGAGAGUUCUGGAGCUGCGUCUUCAAGGACACCAUCCUGAACCACUAUCCCACCCUGAAGCUGCUGCGCAACAACCUCCUGGACGGCUCUUUCCAUUUUGACAAACAACCAGAAGAGACGGUGGAAACGGAAGAGUCAGACGAAGAGAAGAGGAAGGUGCUUUCUGGAGGUGAGGAGGGAGAGGAGAAGCAGGAGAACUCGGUGAAGAUGAAGAAGAAGAGAAAACUGAGAAAUGGCGACGAUGACGAGGAGCCGGCCGGUCCAUCAUCUCAAUCGAUUCCCAGGAAGAAAAAGUCCCAAAAAAAAUGCUUCUCCUCUCCCCUGAAGAAGGGCGAGGAGAACCACAUCUGGAGCUGGCCCAUCUAUAAGCUGCAGCUGCCCGUGACCUGUGGGGACCAGGCGGGGACACUGAAUAGAAAACUACUGGCUAAAGCGGAGAAGUGCAUUGUGGUCAAGAAACGGUGGUUCACUCCCAGUGAGUUUGAGAGGUUUGCAGGGAAGAGGAGUUCCAGGAACUGGAAGACGAGCAUUCGCUGUCAGGACACCCGGCUGGGGAAACUGAUACAGGAAGGUCACCUGAAAACAGGAACGUACAAAGGAGGGUGCAGAAAGGCCAAUAGGUCACUGUUCCCGUCUGGUCACGCAACUGCAGUGUCUGACGAAGAUGAAGAAGCAGAAGAAGAAGGAGAUGAUGAAGAAGAAGAAGAAGAAGAGGGCCGUGAGCUGAACGAGGGCGACCGCAGCAGGGAAAGCUCCGCAGCUGUCGCAGGCGAGGCAGUGAAGAACCGGACCGAGCAGCCAGAAGUCGCCAGGAAGGUGUUCAGAGUCACGUGCCGCGGUGCAGCCGGGACUUUACACGCCAAGCGGUUCUCCUCAGGGACUUGUGGGAAGAGUAUUCGCACUGAGACCAGCUGGAUGACCCCGGUGGAGUUCCUGAAGGUGGCGUCGUGUCCGGCGGACGCCUCUUGGAAGAAAGAGAUCCGGUGUGAAGAGGAACCGCUCAGCGUCCUCAUCGAGGCAAACGACUUGAGGAUCCACUCGCUGCUGUGCAACUGCAGUCGGUGCAAACCAGACGGCACCGAGCUGGAGAAUCAGAAGAACGAUGACGAGUGUGGCGUCUGUAGAAGGGAAGACGAAGACAAGUUGGUGAUGUGUGAUGACUGCCCUCGCUCCUUCCACCAGAAAUGUCACCUGCCCCAUGUGGAAGAUGUCGAUUUAGGAGACGACCGCCCGUGGAUGUGUACUUUCUGCAUAUUCGGGACCAAUCAGGGGUGUUAUUACCAGGAGGAGCUGGAAAGAGAAGCGGCCGUGUCGCUCCCAAUAUCCCAACGCAUUCUGGAAUGCCAGUAUCUCCUUCUGUAUCUGUGCACGGCUGAUGAGGAACAAACAUUUGCCGUGGACCCACGCCUCUACCUGAACGACUACUGCAGCGUGAUCAAGACCCCCAUGUGGCUGGGUCACAUAGCCCACCGACUCCAGAAGCCACAAAACCGGAUCGUUGGAGAGUUUGAGAGCGACGUCCAGCUCAUUUUCUCCAACUGCGCUUUAUACAACCGGGACAAUGCUGAAAUCCUCGCCACGGGAAACAGACUGAAGGAGUUAUUUGACAGAGAAUUUAAGAGUGUGUUCAACAUCAAGGAGUAGGCUGGUGACAUUACAGGGUUUUUCCUGCAUAGAGAAAAUGUGGGCGCGCGCCUAAGCCGUUUUCCCGAACGCCUAUGACAAAUCCCGAGCGCCUAAGGCAAAAAAAAGUCUGCGAUGGAAAACAAACCAAAAAAAAAUACAUAGAUGUCUGCUAAUUACGUUGACAUGGCAACACAGACGUGUUUUUUUGGGAGCGCCGAAGACCCAUUUUGACCCAGGAAAAACCCUGCAUUAACUGGGUUCAGUUAUCAAACUCAGUAGCGACCGGGGAAAGGUUACGAAUAUGUAAAUAUGCCUGUGAUUUGUAUAGUUUUGACAAUCCUUUGUGUUUGAAAUAUCCCAAACUAAAUGAUUCCUAAUCAAGAGAAUGCAGGGAACUUUGACUUGAAUUAUGAGAGCACAUUUCAAUCUAUAAUUUGAUAAUGCAUUUAAAAGAAAGGCAUUCUUCCCACUAUUUAUUUUCUUCAAAAAAGGCGGGGUACCAGAAAUAACCAAAGCUUACAUUCCACCCAACGUAUGUACGAUCACAAAGACCAAAGAGCUGACAGAGACAACAAAAAACAUAUCUGAAUAUAUUAAUUUAAACAUUUUUGUUCCUGGAUAUCUUUUUAUUGCGUGUUUUUGUAUGGUGCUACAUGUGAGGAGGGUUCUGCAACGAAUACAUUGUACAAGUCUGUAUUAAACGUUGUGUUUGUCUUAAGCCUUUUGCAUCGUGUCCCAGUGUCACAGCACAGGAUUAAAGGGAAGUCUCUCUGUCUCCACCUCUGACCGGUUGCUUGUUUUAAAAUAAAAUAUGAAAUGUG